AUGGCGGAUGGCCCAGGAUCUGCAGAUGCCAAGGGCAAUGCAUUCAGCGAGCCGGAGAAGAAAAAAAGUCCGUGGUUGGAUGCCUGGUACGAUCCGGUGGCUGGAAUGAGCUGCUAUUCGUCAUUCCUCUGCCUUGCAGACCUAGCUGCAGAUGGAGAUCACCGUCUCGUGAUGGUGGACAUGAAGAAGCGAAUCCGCAUGUACAAGGGGACAACUAUACAAUGGGAGCAUAAGCUUCCGGAUGUACCAUGCGCGGUUCAGUCCUUCUACCACGAGGCAGGCCAUCCACCGAUUCCAACACUGGCUGUUGCCAGUGGGCAUCGGGUUUUGAUCUUUCGGAACAUGCGGCCUUCGAUGCAGUACAGGCUGCCUCCCCUGGAGAUCGAUCCGAUUGAGAAAGACAUUUGGAAGGACCUGACCCAGGACGGCGCUGACAUCCAAGCGGGCUUCGAUAAAUUGAACGCAGCCCGCGAAAACGGAACGGCUCUGUCCAACCAGUCGAUCGACUUCCUCGCAGUGGAGGACCUGGAGUCACAGAUGGAGUACGUCCGGGGAUGCAAGCCGAAUGAGGAGUAUCUUAUGCAGCAGCAGACGGCGAUAACGUGCAUGGAGGUUCUCAAGCAGAACAUGGACGAGCCUACUGCAGUCAGCAUGCUUGUGAUUGGCACUGAGAACAGGAUGAUUUACAUCCUCAAUAGCUCUGCCCUGGAGAUCGCGGCCAAGGUGAAGCUUGAAGCAGUGCCAACAUUCAUCUCAGUCCUAGGCCUUUUCGACGUGGAGUACAGGAUAACGGUGGCUUGCCGGGAUGGCAACAUCUACACUGUCAAGAAUGGGCAGGUGCUCAGCAACGUGAUUGAGUUGGAAACGCAGCCCGUCGGCUUGGUCCGAUUUGACAAAAACGUCUAUGUUGGCUGCAUGGACAACGUUAUUCACUGCUUUCACUUCAAGGGCAAGAAGAAUCAUUCCAUCUACUUGCCUUGUCCAAUAUCUUGCAUGUCUCUUCUGCAGAUUACCAAAUCUCGCGUGGCAAAGGCUCUCGUGGUUGCGCUGCAGAAUGGUGAGGUGAGACUCUACAAUGGCAAGCACCUGAUUGCGACUGUGGAAACGAAUGAUGUGGUAGCCGGCGUGAAGCUGGGCACCUUUGGCCGCGAGGAGGGCUCCAUGGUCCUCAGCUUCAAAUCUGGAGCACUCAUGGUCAAGAUCCUGCAGCGCAAUGCAAACUUGGAUGGCACCUCUGUGGCUGUCGGCCCACCGCCGGAGCAGGACAUACCUUUGGAUGUCCCAAAGAAGACGAAACUGUAUGUCGAGCAGACCAGCAGAGAAAGGGAACAAGCUAUUGACAUGCACAGGACUUUUCAGCGGGACCUCUGUAAGCUGCGGCUGUCCACUGCCCGGGCGUACGUGAAUCUGUUGGGAACUGGCCAUGGGCCGAUGUCCACAGCUGCUGGGGCACAGGUCCGAAUCAACGCGCAGGUGCUAGGCAUGGGCCCGCAAUUUAAGAUUCUGGCCCGGAUCCAGAAUGCUGGUGCCACUGCUCUCUACGAUGUGCCGGUUCACUGCACGACCAACCAGAAUCUCUAUCGUAUUCCGAGGCCUAGCUUCUUCCUGCCUGUGCUGGUACCUCAGCAGGUCUACUUGGUUGAGGUCCCCGUGACCUGCAUCAACGAAAAUGGCGGAACUGCAGCAGUCCGCAUCUUCUUGGCGAACUCACGUGGGACGAUGCCUUUGAUCUCCGCGAUAGUGCAAAUGCCCAUCUCCGAGCCUGCCGUGAUUGACUCCUUCUAG